AUGGCCCGUCUGUGUGUUCCUUCGUUUCCCUCUCCCCCCUCCUCUCUUCGUUCCGCCCUGCUCUCCUCCUCUUCUUCCUUCAAGAAGGAUCUGGUACGUCCUUCUUGUCGGUCCGUUCCCUCGUCCUCCUCCUUCUCCUCCGUCGGCCUUCGCCAUCACAUUCCUUUGACAGCCAGCCGAGGCGUCCGUUCGGUUGUGGGUAUGCAGUCAGCCCCGCUGCAGCCUACUGUGCCCAAGGUGAGCACGUCCAUUCCUUCUGCUGUUUUGGAGAAGCCUGCCCCCAGGUAUCUGCGGCGCCAUGUGCCCAGAGAGCCCCACGUUCCUUCUUCUGCGCCCACUCAGGGUGCGUCCUCUCGUUCUUCUGUGUCCUCUAAGGGCACGUCCACUCGUUCCUCUGUCUCCUCUUCUUCUUCUUCUUCUUCUUCUUCGUCGUCGUCGUCGUCUGCUUCCUCUGCUGCACCCUCUCAGGGUACGUCCUCUCGUUCUUCUGUGUCCUCCAAGGACACGUCUACUCGUUCUUCCUCCCGUCCCUAUGUGAGAACCACUUCAUGUGGUUUGGUCGUUCGUUCUUCUGUGCCCUUUAAGGACACGUCCUCUCGUUCUUCUGUGCCCUCUCAGGGCACGUCCUCUCGCUCUUUUGUGCCCUCUCAGGGCACGUCCUCUCGUUCUUCCUCCCGUCCUUAUGUUAAGACCACUGCAAGUGGUUUGGUCAUUCGUUCUUCUGUGCCCUUUAAGGACACGUCCUCUCGUUCUUCUGUGCCGUCUGAGGGCACGUCCACUCCUUCUGUGAGCCCUCGGGCCACGUUCACUCGUUCACGGUCAAGUGAGGUUCUGAAUCGCCUUCGGGAGAAGCGAGCCAACUUCCGGGCCAGAGCUCAGCAGCCUCGGGCUCCUGUGGAGGCCACCCUUGCAUCAAACGCAGUUAAGUCUGCGGUUCGUAAGGGCAAAUCCAAGGAGAGGAAGAGUGUCUCCUUCAAGGAGACCACGUCAGUCGUUACUGUCGACCGGUGGAUUAUCCCCGGAAUAGAUGUGUGGACACACAUCUGA